UGUAUGUUGAAAAUGUGCUAAAUAAAGUUAUAUUUAAAAAAAAAUUCUGCGAGGUCUGCACCCGAGCAGAUCCUGUGCCGACAGCGGCAGCCUUGCACAUGCGCAACAGCUCAGUACUUACACCAGACUGCUCGCUCACGAGUAACAACGGUUGAUUAUCUUUCUUCGUUUGGAAACACGCUCAUGGGUAUCAAGUUGUAACUAACACGUGGAUUGUUUUGUGUAACUCGGCACGUACUGCGAAAAAAGUCAUGAGUCAGUAUGACAUUUCAAUGGCUGCAUCACGAGUAACAGCGCUGCUCAAUUCAGUCAGCCAAAGCCUUUCUCAGCAACAUUCCACUGAAAAUGCAGACUAUGCUUGCUACCAGCUGGACUGCAUCAUAAGGCUUUUAGGAAGAUACUCAGACCUGUUUGUGAAUGCUGACCAGGCCUUACAGAAGCUGGAAGAAGCAUGUCACCUUUUGGAAAGUGGAUCCCCAACAUCAAUUACAGGUUUCCGAGUCCCUACAGUAAGGAUGGGCAACAGAGGACGCCCAGCAUUCAUCAUAACAGCGGAGCAAUUGGAAUAUUUGCUUAACUUCGACUUUACAAUUCAAGACAUUGCACGCCUGUUAUGUGUCAGCGUAAGGACAAUAAAGAGAAGACUGAAAGAGCAUGGUCUGUCAGUGCAACAAACUUUCAGUGACAUUACAAGUGCAGAGUUACAAGCCAUUGUCUCUGCACAUCUGGAUACAAAUCCGAAUUCAGGUUACAGAAUGGUGAACGGUUACCUGAGGACCAUGGGUAUCAGAGUCUCUGAGUCUAGGCUGAGAGAGACGAUGCAAACUGUCGACCCUUUUGGUAAUCUCCUUCGUGGUCUGUGCUUGAACCCUAUUCAACGGCGAUCAUACUCUGUUCCUGCCCCACUGUCAUUGUGGCACUUGGAUGGGUACCACAAACUUAUUCGGUGGAGAAUUGUCAUUCAUGGGUGCAUUGACGGCUUCAGCAGAAAGAUAAUGUACCUUCAGGCUUCCAACAACAACAAGGCUUCAACGGUUCACCAGGCUUUUUUGGGAGCUGUGCAGCAGUUUGGUUUGCCACUCUGUGUCCGCAGUGACAAGGGUGGCGAAAAUGUGACUGUGGCCAGAUGUAUGCUUGAACAUCCACUCCGUGGACCAGAGAGCAGAUGUUUCAUCACGGGCCGAAGUGUUCAUAAUCAACGCAUUGAGAGGCUUUGGCGUGAUUUGUGGCAGUCAGUGGUUUGCAACUACCAUGCAGUGUUCCAGUACAUGGAAACUACAGGUGCUCUUGAUUCUGACAAUGAGAUCCACCUGCUGUGCCUGCACUACGUAAUGAUUCCAAGAAUCAACGCCCACCUAAAUGUCUUCAGAAGAACUUGGGACAGACACCGCAUUUCCUCUGCUGGAAACCGCUCCCCUGACCAGCUGUGGAUCUCCGGGCAAUUGACAAGUGAAGUGGAACCAACUCAACCAGUCAGCCUCAGUGAAUGGGGCAAUGACUUUGAGGGAUCUUUACCAGCCUCUGAUUCCACUGCUGACAUUGUCGUGCCAGAGCAUCCAGACUCACUAAUACAAAAUGUCAACAGAUUGUUGGACAGAAUAGACCCGUUAACAGCCAGCUCAUGUUUUGGAGCAGACUUGUACAUGGAAGCACUGCGACUGGCUGAACUUUAAUUCUCUUCUUGGUGUUCAAAGUAGUUGCUGUUUUUAGCAUCAAAGUAACUUGCUCUAAAAGUGUAUAAUCAAACUGUAAAUGCCUGAUUAUGUGCUUCACUUGAAAAAAAAAUGUCUGUCAUGAGCAGGACUUAUGAUAAUGUGUCAACAUAAAAUUAACAUGUAUUGAUGGCUAAGACACAGAUGGGCUGAUGACACGUGUGUUCCUUCUUUAU